GCCAGCCCUUGUGGGCGGGGCCCACUCCUUCCGUUUCACGGUCUCUCCGGGCACCAACUCCUCCCGCCUCACCUGCGCCUCACGUGACCUGCGCAGCCCGCGGGGCACCUGAGGGCGGAUCCCGCGCUCGCACGGGGUCCUAGAGACUGCAGGCUGGUUUACAUCCAGUGAGGAACAUGGUGACGCUACUCCACACACUGGCCCAUCAUGGUGAUGACGUCAGCUGCUGUGCCUUCUCCUCUUCCCUCCUGGCCACCUGCUCCCUGGACAAAAGCAUCCGCCUGUACUCCUUAGGUGACUUCACGGAACUGCCACACUCUCCACUGAAGUUCCACUCCUACGCUGUGCACUGCUGCUGUUUCUCCCCUUCAGGACACGUGUUGGCUUCGUGUUCGACAGAUGGGACCACUGUCCUAUGGAAUACUCAGAACGGACAGACUUUGGCGGUGAUGGAACAGCCCAGUGGGAGCCCCGUGCGGGUCUGCCGCUUCUCCCCAGACUCCACUUGUUUGGCGUCAGGCGCAGCUGAUGGAACAGUUGUCUUGUGGAAUGCGCAGUCGCACAAGUUGCAUAGAUGUGGUAGUGUUAAGGAUGGCUCCUUGGUGGCCUGUGCGUUUUCUCCUAAUGGAAGCUUCUUGGUCACUGGCUCCUCGUGUGGAGAUUUAACAGUGUGGGAUGAUAAAAUGAGAUGUCUGCAUAGUGAAAAAGCGCAUGAUCUUGGAAUUACCUGCUGUGAUUUUUCUUCACAGCCAGUUUCUGGUGGAGAGCAGUACCUUCAGUUUUUUCGAUUGGCAUCAUGUGGUCAGGACUGCCUAGUCAAAAUUUGGCUUGUUUCUACCCAUAUCUUAGGUUUUGAACUAAAAUAUAAAAGCACACUGAGUGGGCACUGUGCUCCUGCUCUGGCUUGUGCUUUUUCCCACGAUGGGCAGAUGCUAGUCUCGGGAUCAGUGGAUAAGUCUGUCAUAGUAUAUGAUACUAAUACUGAGAAUAUUCUUCACACGUUGACUCAGCACACCAGGUAUGUCACAACUUGUGCCUUUGCACCCACUACCCUUUUACUUGCUACUGGUUCAAUGGACAAAACAGUGAACAUCUGGCAGUUUGACCUGGAAACACUUGGCCAAGCACGGAGCCUUGAAGAUCAGCCAAAGCAGUUUCCUGAAGAUUGGUCGGAGGAGGAUGUCUCAUCAUGGCUUUGUGCACAAGGUUUAAAAGACCUUGUUGGUGUAUUCAAGAUGAAUAACAUUGAUGGAAAAGAACUAUUAAAUCUUACAAAAGAAAGUCUGGCUGAUGAUUUGAAAAUUGAAUCUCUAGGGCUGCGUAAUAAAGUGCUGAGGAAAGUGGAAGAGCUCAGGACCCAGGCGAAAUCCCUUUCUUCUGGAAUUCCUGAUGAAUUUAUCUGCCCAAUAACUCGAGAACUUAUGAAAGAGCCUGUCAUUGCGUCAGAGAUCUUCCAGCUGCUGGUUCACAUCCCAAAUGCUCACAACAGUUAAGGCUGGGCCAGGCCAAAGCCAGGAGACUGGACUCCAUCCAGGUGCCAUGUGUGGGCAGCAGAGACUCAAGUACAUGAGCCACCAUCUUAGCAGGAAGCUAGAUCAGUAACAUAAAACCAAAUCUGAGUGGGAUCUGAACCACUGUGCAACAUACUCGUUAAGAUUUGAUAAAGAAUGUUUCCACCAUCCCAAUAAAAAUAUAAAUAUUACCAUGCUAGAAAGUUCUCUUGUGCCCUUUUUAACCAGUCCAUCCUGGCCUGAUCUGCUUUUUGGCACUGUAGAUUAGCUAUUUUUAUAAUUUCAUAUAAACAGAAUCAGCAUCAUGUCUUUUGUGUCUGGCUUUUUUCGCUCAGUGGAUGUUUUCCAGAUUGAUCUAUCUUGUUACAUGGAUCAGGGAUCUGUUUUUCUUGCUGAGUAGUGUUCCGUUGAAAAGAUGACCCAUAAUGCUUUCAUUCACCUGUAAGUGGACUUCUAGAUCUCUUCCACUUUGUGGCUGUUACGAGUUAAGUACUCUAACAUUUGUCUACAAAUGUUUGUUCAUGUCUCAUUUCUCUUGGUUAAAUAUUUGAGUGGAAUUGCUAGACUGUAUGGUGAGUGAAUAUUUAGCUUUGACUAUACUGCCAAAUGUUUCUCAGUGCAGUUGAGCCAUUUUAAGUUACCCACUGAGAAUUCCUAUUUCUCCACUCCUUGCCAACAGUUGGUUUGUUAGUCUUUAAUUUUUACCAUUUUGGUGAGUUUGAAGUGGUUCUUGUCGCACUUGUAGUUUAGUUUCCAUGAGGACUAAUGGUGCCAAGCGUCUCUGAUGUGUUUAUUACCCAUUCAUGUACCUUUUUAAAGUAAAGUAUGCCUUGAACUCUUUUCGCCCAUUUUGUAUUGGGUUGUUUUAGUGUUGGGUUGAGGGAGUUCUUUAUAAAUUCCAGAUACAACUCUUUCAUAAGAUAGUGUGUUGCCUAUGUUCUCCCAGUCUGUAGUUUGCCUAGUCAUUUUAUUUUAACAGAGAGGAAGAGACAGAGAUGUCUUUCAUCUGCUAGUUCACUCCCCAAAUGGCCACAUCGGCUGAGCUGAUCCAAAGCAGGAGCCAGGAGCUUCUUCUGGGUCUCCCAACUGGGUUCAGGGGCUCACGAACCAGGCUGCUUACCCAGGCCAUUCGCAGGGAGCUGGAUUGGAAGUGAAGCAGCUGGGACUCGAAGCUGCAGGCAGAGGCUUAACCUAGUACGCCACAGCACCGGCUGUAAUCAGUUUUCCAUGGUGUCAUUAAAUUGGAGCAAAAACGUUUUCAUUUUGAUGAAGUUAAAUUACUUUUCACUUUGAUUCAUAUCUUUGGAGGCCUAAGAAAUUGCCCUACCCCAAAGAUUUCAAAAAUUUGUUAUGUUCUAAGUAUCCUGUAGUUUUAUGUUUAGGGCUGUAAUUCAUUGCAGAUUAAUUGUGUAUGGUCUGACAUAAGAGUAACCCUUUUUAAAAUGGAUAGCCACUUGUUCUGAGAUGAUUUAUUGAGAAAUCCUUUUCCUAUUGUAUUACUCUUAGCGUCUUUGUUGAAAUCAGCUAUCUUUAUAUUGUGAGUUUAUUUCUAAACUUUCCAUGAUCUUUUAUGUUUCUGCACUAAUUACCACAAUGCGUUGACUACUGUUGCUUUGUAAUUAGUUUCACAAGCAGGAAGUACCAGUCAUCUGACAGUUCCUCCUGAAACCCGUGUUGGCUAUUCUUGAUUGUUUGCAUUUCCAUAUAGAUUUUAGAAACACUUACACAGAAAAACCUUGCCAGAAUUUUCACUGGGAUGGGGGUAAGUUGUAGAUCAAUUUGAAAAUGAUAGUUCAGUGCAUGAACAUGAUGAUGUCUCUAUAUUUAUUUAGGUCUUCAUUUAUUUAUUUUUGACCAGCAGAGUUAGAGAGAGAAAGGUCUUCGUUUUUCCGUUGAUUCACCCCCAAAGUGGCUGCUAUGGCCAGCACACUGUGCUGAUCUGAAGCCAGGUGCUUCCUCCUGGUCUCCCAUGGAGUGCACGGCCCAAGGACCAGGGCCAUCCUCCACUGCACUCCCGGGACACAGCAGAGAGCUGGACAGGAAGAGGAACAACUGGGACUAGAACCCAGGGUGCUGGUGCUGCAGGCGGAGGAUUAGCCUAUUGAGCCACGGGGUCUCCUUUUAACAGUGCUCUGAAUUAAUUUUGUUCAGUACAUAUUUUAUUAAAAUGACUCUUAGGUAGUUCAUGUUUUUAUAACAUUACAGAGUUUAAAAAAUUUCCACUUGCUGGUAAUAGUACUGUUGAUCGUGUAUACUGACUUUGCUACAUUUAUUAAUAGCUUUGUGGUAAGACCUUAAGACAACUUUCUUCACACAUGAUGGCUCCAUCUACAAGUAGAUGGUUGUAUAAAAAUAAAUACAAUUUUUUUUUCCUUUUCUUGACAUACUGGCCAGGAUUUCCAGUAGUUUUGAAAAGUGAUGAGAAGUAAACAUUUUCACCUUUAUUUGCUCAUAGGGAGAAAGCCUUCAACUUUAGCAUUAAUUAAACUGCCUAAAAGAAGUUCCCUUCUAUCUUGAAUUGGAGAAUUUUUAAAUUUUUGUCCUUUAGUGUGUAAUACAGUAGUUUUCUGUUGAGUCAUAAAAUGUGUCUUUUAGGUCUUUCAUUAAAUGUGUGAGAUUUUCCAUAUUAUUACAUAAAGUAUGUCUCAUUUCUAUAGGAAUCCACUAUGUGAGUAUAAUAUCUUUAUUCAGUCUGCUGUUGAUGGGAAUUGUUGACUUUCUGCAUAUGCUUUUUUGUGGACAUAGUAUGCAUUUCUGUUGGUUAUACUCUGGGACUGGAUACAUAAAUUAUUUUCUAGAGAGUUUGAAUCAUUUUGCACUUCUACCAGCUGUGUAAAUAUUCUCAUUGAUCCAUAGCCUUGCUUACUAUUUAAUAUUGUGCUAUUCAUUUUUUUAAAGAUUUAUUUGAAAGAGUUACAGAGAGAGGUAGAGACAGAGAGGUAUUCCAUCCGCUGGUUCACUCCCCAGAUGGCCACAACGGCCAGAACUGCGCAGAUCUGAAGCCAGGAGUCUCCUCUGGGUUUUCCAUGUGGGUGCAGGGGCCCAAGGGCUUAGGCCUUCUUCCACUGCUUUCCCAGGCCAUACCAUAGAGCUGGAUAGGAAGUGGUGCAGCCGGGGCUUUAACUCACUGUGUCACAGCACCGGCCCCUAUGCCAUUCAUUUUUAACUGUUCUGGUAUUGCCCAUUUAUUUUCAUUGAAAUAACUGUCGAUUCAACAUGCAUUUGUAAGAAACAAUAAUAGACAUACCUUCUAUACUUUGCCUGGUUUCCUCUGCCCCCAAGUGUUGUACUGCAUCACAAUCAUGAUGUUCACGUUGAUAGGCUCCAUGAUCUCAUUUAGAUUUGCCCAGUUUUCCUUGUUUUUAUUUGUGUGCAUGAAGUUGGACAGUUAUAUCUCAUUUGGAAUUUCUGUAUUCACCACUGCAGUCAAGACACAGCAGUUUCCAAACCGCAAGGUUGUGCCUGUGGCUUUUUUUUUUUUUUUUAACUACAUUCCACUCAUCUGUCCACUUCUGAGAUCUUGUUAUUUUAAGAAUGUUACAUGAACUGAAUCACGCAGUAAAACAACCUUUUGGUGUUUUUUCCCUGCUUAGCAUAAUUCAUGGGGAUUCAUUACCCAAUUCAUUUUUAACCUUCCUGUGGUGCUGUGAGAAUUGUAGUUGUGUUAAUUUAACACCUAUUCCUAUCUUCAAAUAGAAUUGAACGAAUUUAUAUUGUGAUUAUUGAUAAAUUUAAGCUAAUUCCUGCCAGCCCAGGAUCCUAGUUUGGUGCUUCCCUCUCUGUAGAGUUCCAAAGGUGUACUUCCAAGAACUGUUUAUGUAUAUCAAUUUCGAUUCAUCUUUUAAUUUGUGAAAGCAGCAUGUGCGUGGUACAAAAUAGUCCAGUGGUGGAGAACACGGGGCCUUUGUUCUGGGCAGCAGUCGCCGGCAGAGCUUAGUUGUACCAUUCCAGGUAUUUGUGUUUGUAAUGUUGCUCACCAACACAUGGGGCAGGCUGCAUGCAUUUUAAAAGUGGUUUUUAUUGACUCGGCAGUGGUGCCCCAGAGCAUGUUCUUUCAUUUUCUCAUGCAGGAUAGGACUUCAUGGCAUUGAGCCUGGAACCUGUUGAAAGACAGCUCUUACCACUUAGUGCCAACUUAAUAGAAGUGGGUGUGCAUGUUACUGUUGGGCCACUUCCACAUCCCAAUAAACACUUAUUGUCUUCAUUAUGUUUACUUUUCGCUCUUAGAAAAUUUCUCUGGGGGAUUGAAUGGACAGAAAUGACCAUGGCAAUUUUUUCAAAGUUUUAUUAAAAAAAAAUCUGACUAGAAUAACAGAAAACCUAAAAUCUAAAUGUCUAUGAGGGGGAGGUGAGGAGCAGAAAUGAGAGCUUUGCAUCAGGCAGGUAUUCCCUGUCUGUCCUUUAUUCCUUUUGAGGCUAAUAAAUGGAUGUUAACUCAUUUGCAUAGCUUUUUACAAAAGAAGUGAUUAAAAUUAGAGAACAACUAACCCAAAAGAUAGGGAGAAGACCCAAAUCAAUAAAAUCAGGGAUGUAAUGACAGAUACUGCGGAACUGAAAAGAAUCACCAAGAAUUGAAAGAGUGCUGUAUGCCAACAAAUUGGGAAACCUAGAAGAAAUGGACAGAUUCCUGGAUGCAUAGAGUCUACUAAAAUUGAGUCGUGAAGACAGAAGGAAACCUUAACAGACCAGUAAACAAGACACAGAUUGAAUCUGUAAUAAAGACCCUCCCUAAACAGAAAAUCCCAGGACUGGAUGGAUUCACUGCUGAAUUCUACCAGACCUUUAAAAAAGAACUAAUUCCAAUUCUUCUUAAGCUAUUCAAAACAAUUGAAAGGGAGAAAAGCUUCCCAAACUCCUUCCAUGCGGUCUCAGCAUCACCUUAAUUCCUAAACCAGAAAAAGGUGCAACAGAGAAGGAGAACUGUAGACCAAUAUCCCUGAUAAACACAGAUGCCAAAAUCCUCAGUAAAGUACUAGCUAAUCAAAUCCAACAACACAUCAGAAAGAUCAUUCACCAGGACCAAGUGGGAUUUUUUCCUGGUAUGCAGGGAUGGUUCAGCAUACAACAAUUGAUAAAUAUAUAUCACAUUAACAACUGAAGAAUAAAAACCAUAUAAUUUUCUCAAUAGAUGCAGAGAAAGAAUUUGAUAAAAUACAACAUCCUUUCAUAAAUGAAAACUUUGAACAAAUUGGGUAUAGAAGGAACAUUGCUCUAUACAAUUUAUGACAAACCCUUGACCAGCAUAUUAUUGAAUGAGAAAAAGUUUAGAAGCAUUCCCACUAAGAUCUGGAGCCAGACAAGGAUGCCCACUCUCACCAUUGCUAUUCAGUAUAGUCCUGGAAGUUUUAGCCACAGCCAUUAGCAAGAAAAAGAAAUCAAAGGGAUACAAAUUGGGAAGGAGGACGUCAAACUAUCCCUAGCUGCGAUUCUAUAUAUAGGGGAUCCAAAGACUCCACUGAGAGAUGAUUUGGAAAAAAAAAUCAACACACAAAAAUCAAUAGUGUUUGUAUAUAUGGACAAUGCCAUGGCUGAGAAAGAACUUCUAGAAACAUUCCCAUUCACAGUAGCUACAAAAAGAAUCAAAUACCUUGGAAUAAAUUUUAACCAGGGAUGUCAAAGAUCUCUACAAUGAAAAUUAUAAAACAUUAAAGAAAUAGAAGACAGAUUCACUGUGAUCCCAAUCAAAAUAGCAAAGCCAUUCUUCUCAGAUCUAGAAAGAACAAUGCUAAAAAUUCAUAUGGGGACACCAGAGACCCUGAAUAGCCAAAGCAAUUUUAACAAAAACAAAGUCUGAGGCAUCACAAUACCAGAUUUCAAGACACUCUAUAGGGUAGUUAUCAUCAAAACAGCCUGGACUUGCACAAAAAUGGACAUGUAGACCAGUGGAACAGAAUACAAACCUCAGAAAUCAAUCCAUAUAUCUACAAUAAACUAAUAUUUGAUGGAGUUAAAGUAAAUCCCUGGAGAAAGGACAGUCCAUUCUACAAAUCAUGCUGGGAAAAUUGGAUCUCCACAUGUAGAAGUAUGAAAGAAGAUCCCUACUUUACACCUUAUUAAAAAAAAUCAACUCAAAAUAGAUCAAGGAUCUAAAUCUGUGACCUGAUAACAUCAAAUUACUAGAGGAGAACAUUGGAGAAACUCUCUAAGAUAUUGGCAUAGGCA